AUGGACAGUCAGAAGUGGAUGGCAUGUGCCAUCCUUUCGCUCGUGAUCAUCGGCUGUUUCGGCAACGCCCUCUCUUUUCUGCUAUUCAGUCGACCGCACAUGAGAUGUUCUUCGGUGAACGUGCUUCUGUGUGCUCUGUCGUUCAUCGACCUCUCACUUUUGCUACUCUCUAUACCCACCUUUGUCAUACCAAGUUUGGAUCUGUGGUCGUCUCAACAGUCAGCAAUGACAUUCCUUGCUUAUGUACUUAAGCUAGUAUAUCCAGUGAAUCUAACCAUGCAAACGUGUAGCAUCUACACAAUGGUGAUGAUCACAUUUGAAAGAUGGACAGCCGUUUGUCGACCACUGCAGGUCCGAGUGUGGUGCACUCCUAAGAAGUCAAGGAUAGCUGUUCUUUGCAUAUUCAUAUUCGCAGUAUUAUACAACUUUGCCAGGUUUUUUGAGUACCGCCUAAUACAUACUCCUGAUGGUGCGCUGUACGAAAAGUGGCUACGAGAUCCUACAAAUUAUCGUGGCUACUACGUUGGGUACUACACAAUUUUAUACGUACUGACACAUUUUUUGAUCCCGUUCACAAUUAUGGCCGUAUUGAAUGGUUCCGUGAUCUCAACUAUGUGGCAAGGACGUCGCAUGCGUCAGAUGUUAACUAGACAACAACAAAGAGAACAGUCCACAACAGUAAUGCUGCUGAUUGUCACGAUUGUGUUUGCCGUUUGUAACACGCUACCGUUUCUGUUGAAUGUCGUCGAAAGCGUAUUUCCCGACUUAUUCGUAGAUCCGACCACCAUGCACAUCGCGUACACUCUCAAUGACCUUUCGAACCUGCUUGUUGUGCUUAACUCAGCCACAACAUUUUUUGUUUAUUUCACUUUCUCCGAGAAAUAUAGACAGACGUUGAUCUUUAUUAUUAAGAAUGGUUGCUGCGCAUCAGUUUCUGACUAUAACAACUACACGGCAAUGUCUCGCACCGCUUCAAUGCGUGUGAAUUCUGGAACAGGAGAUUCUCAGAGAGCUGGGAGCAAGUUGAGCACAAGCAGCCGGAAUUCAGACGUUCUACUGAAGCCUCUUUGCCUACAAAAGCGAAACGAUCGGUUUUCCUCUGAGUAUAACAGCAGAACCAGUAAAUAUCACGAAGAUUUCCGGUUACCACGUCUGCCGACGGAAAAACGAAAGAAGAAACAUAAGUUAAGUGUGGCGGAUUCCCAGAUCGCUGCUCCAGAAAUUCGGGUCACGUUCAGUGAGGACGUAUCGAAUCCUCCGAAAACCCCUUAG